AUAAAUUAAAUAGCUGGUAGAAAGAUGGGUCUAGUACGCAUCGCAUUGCCGUUAGUGGUUGUAAUGUGCUGCGUUUUCUUUCAAUCUACCAGUGCGUUGAUUCAUGUUGUAGGAGGAGCUGCAGGUUGGGAAAUUCCUCCUAAUAAAACCUUUUAUGAAGAUUGGGCUAAACCUAGAAUUUUUGGUGCUGGUGAUAAAUUAGUGUUUCCAUACAGGAUGGGAGCACACAAUGUGAUACAAGUAAACAAGGCAGAUUUUGACAAAUGCGGCCAUGAUAAUGUAAUAAACCAGUUCUUCAAGGGUCCAACCGUGAUCCUACUCAAUGCCACUGAUGACUACUACUUUUAUAGCGGUGUUGGAACCCACUGUGAAAUGGGUCAGAAGCUCCACAUCCAGGUCAUCCCGGACAAAGGCUACUCCGGUCGUGGGACUCGAUUCCUUGAGUUUGCGUCCCGUCAACUAUGGGGACGGACUUAA